AAAAGACCAAAAGCUUCUAUAAAAAAAAGAAAGACAAAAAGAAAAUAUUUUCUGAAAAAAGGGAAGAAAUAUUGGUUCUAUAAAUAAAUUGGAUGGAUUAAGAUCGAAAGCAAAAAAAAAUGAUACAUAGGCUUCAUGCACAUAAAGCAUAGUGAGAAAUAAAUUGUUGGGAAAAACCAAUACAAAAAAUCCAAACACAAAGGAGAGUAAUGGUGUCUCCAAAAACUAUAGGGAAGUAUAAGCUUGGCAGGACAAUAGGAGAAGGUGCAUUCUCUAAGGUUAAACUUGCUUUCAAUAGCAACAAUGGUGAAAAAGUUGCAAUCAAGGUCAUUGACAAACAUAUGGUCAUGAAAAACAAUCUUAAGCAUCAGGUGCAAAGUGAAAUUAGAACAAUGAAACUUCUAAAUCAUCCUAAUAUUGUUAGAAUUCAUGAGGUUCUUGGCACAAAAACAAAAAUAUACAUUGUGAUGGAAUAUGUAUCUGGAGGUCAACUAUUGGACAAGAUGACUUAUGCCAAUAAAUUGAAUGAACGUGAGGCAAGAAAACUAUUCCAGCAACUUAUUGAUGCUGUGGACUACUGCCAUAACAAGGGAGUUUAUCAUAGAGAUCUUAAGCCAGAAAACUUGCUCCUUGACAGCAAGGGAAAUCUCAAAGUGUCUGAUUUUGGAUUAAGUGCACUGAAAAAGCCUGAUAAUGUCUUAAACACAAGGUGUGGUUCCCCGUGCUAUGUGGCUCCCGAGCUUCUGGUGAGCAAAGGGUAUGAUGGAGCAGCUUCUGAUGUUUGGUCAUGUGGAGUAAUUCUUUUUGAAUUACUUGCUGGUUUUCUACCAUUUGAUGACCCGAACUUGAUGAGCUUAUACCAUAAGAUAUGCCGAGCAGAAUAUAUAUGUGCCCCUUGGUUUAGUCAAAGUCAGAAGACACUAAUCGCCAAAAUACUUGAACCACGUCCUGGAAAGCGGAUAACUAUAUCGAAUAUUAUUGAAGAUGAGUGGUUUCAAACAGAUUAUAAGCCUGCUUGCGCGUAUGAAUUUGAUCCGACCGUUAACAUGGAUGACGAUAGCGCUGCUUUCAAUUCAAUUGAGCAGAAAACUACAAAGUCAAAAAUAUCCAAGUCAUCAAGCUUCAUUAAUGCGUUUGAAUUGAUAGCCAUGUUUCAGGACCUUGAUCUAUCUGCUCUUUUUGAAGAACAGGAUCACAAGAAGCAGACAAGGAGGUUUGGAUCCCAACACACAAUCAUUGAAACCAUAGAAAAAAUAGAAGCUGCUGCAACACAUGCGAGACUGUCAGUAGAAAAAAUGAACAACUUUAAGAUAAAAUUGCACCCGAAACAAACAAUGACUAGGUAUUCUAGAUCAUACUUUGAUCUAUCAGCUAAGGUGACAGAAGUUGCACCAACUCAUUGUGUUGUAGAAAUAUCAAAAUCUGCAGGAGAUCUAAGAAUGUACAAUGAAUUUUGUGAAAGCUUAUCAAGUCUGCUGAAACAAAAAUCUAGAGUGUCAUCAGAAGGCGAAGACUUGGUAGAUCAAUGCGACGCUGGAGGCAUAGAAAAGCAAGAUGCUGAAUUGUAGUAAUAAAACUACUGUACAUUACUAAAUGGUGAGGGUAUUGUUUUGAUAGCCACCAUUUCUUAUUUGUAGUUUUCAUUUAUUUAUUUCAGCUAUGAAAAGCCAAAUAGUGAAGAUAUUCGUGGCUAUAAAUCUGCUCAAAGACUGACUUAAUCCAUGUCUCUAUUAAUUUAUU